AUGCCGGACGAAUUUUCUGUGGGACACGUGCCAAAGUUCGAUGGAACAAACUUCCUCGGCUGGAAAUUCCAAAUGGAAGCGGCUUUGAGAGCUUGCGGUAUUUACGAGAUCGUAGACGGUACGAACGUAAGACCGGCAGCAGCUGAAGAGGAGCUUAUGAAGGCGUGGGUGAAAGACAACGCCAAAGCGAUGUACCUCAUUUCGAGAGCAAUGGAGCACAAGCAACUAGAGAGUCUGUUAGUUUGUGCCACAGGCAAGGAAAUGUGGGAUACACUCGCGAGAAUUCACCAGCAGAAUUCAGCAGCGAACAAGCUCGUAUUAAUGAAACGCUUCCACGAAUAUCGAAUGGGAGCGACGGACUCGGUCGUACAGCACGUAGCGAAGGUUCAGAAUAUGGCGAGGCAGCUUUUUGAUCUCGGAGAAAAUAUGUCCGAUUUGACAGUCAUGGCGAAAAUCUUGUCGAGUCUAACUUCGAAAUUCAGCACUCUUCAGACAGCGUGGGACAGCGUCGAUCCUGCUCGACAAACCGUAGAGUACCUGCAAGAACGACUUAUCAACGAGGAAAGUCGUUUGGAAGCUGAAAAGGAAGAAAUCACGGCGUUUGCAGCGAUGCGGAUCACCAAGGAGAAGGCUGGCGGUUCGAAGCAAAAAGGAGACUCGAAAGGAAAAAGAAGUGUAGCAAACAGUCGAAAAUCGAAUCGGUACAGUGGAGUGCCUGAGGAGUUCAAAAAUCAGUGGUUGCAACUGGAUAAGAAAGAUAUUUGGUACACAGACAGUGGUGCUUCAAGACACAUCACGUUUCGGCGCGAAUGGUUUAUCGAGUUCCGUCCGCAAAAAGGCACAACGGUAUCGGUCGGAGACGACGGCGUGUGCGAGGUGUCAGGCGGAGGAACUAUAAUCAUCGAGAGGCUCGUCAACGGCGUGUAA